GGCGAGAAAAAAAAACUUCAUGGCAGAAGAAAAAGUUACCACGACGAUACUUUCGCUCUUUGUGUGUGCAGAAAAUAAUCCUUGAAAAUCCUGGGAAUAUUGCGGAAUAUACCUGCUUAAUUUGUGCUUAAACGGUCGAAGAAACGAUCGCGAAUACAAUGGAGGAAGAUUGGGAACAACUCAGCGAGCAGGAUAAAGUGCCAAUCCCUGCUAAAAAACCUGACGUCAACAAAUGGGAUGGCGAGGACGAGGAGGAGGAAGUGAAGGACAGCUGGGAAGAUGAGGACGAAGUCGAGGAAAAGAAGGACGAGGAAAAAGUAGAAACCCCAAAGGCCAAGCCGAAAAAGACGUUGCAGCAAAAGAUAGCAGAAAAAGAGAAACAAAAGCAGGAUGAAGCUGAACGGCGGAGGUUAGAAAAGGAAGAGGAAAACAUGACUCCAGAGCAGAAAUUAGCCGAAAAACUUCGGCUUCAGAAACUGCAAGAGGAAUCCGACUUGAAGAAUGCCAUGGACACAUUCGGAGUGACCUCCCUCGCUGGUGGAAUCGACGGAAUGCAUCCUACCACUAAGGAAGAAUUUAUCGAACUGUCCGAUGCCAUCACCAAGAAGCUCUCAAACUACAAAAACAGCACUGAGUAUUGCGCCUUUUUGGAGGAUCUUGUCACCAAGUUGUUCGCCAGUUUGCCAUCGGCCAACAUUAGGAAAGUCAAAGGUAUUCUGGACAAUCUUUAUUUAGAGAAGCAGAAGUUAGAAAAGGGAGAUAAACCCAAGAAAAAGGCAGGCGGAAAAGUCAAGGCCAGACUAAGGAUGGAUGGCGAAAAUCAAAACUUUGACGAAUACGCUCCCAAAUACGACGAUUUUGAUGAGUACGACGAUUUUAUGUAACAUUCGCUGUAAGUAGACAAAAUGAGUAAAAUUCGCUCGGACGUGGCCAGGAGUGCACGUAAUUGACUUACGUUCCGAAGCGGGAAAAAUCGAACGCUCAUCUAGCAGAAAUAAACCCUCCCCCUCAAAACACAGGAAUUACCAUAACUUUCUUGCAUAACCAAUCAAAAGGAUGAAAAAGAGACUUUGUUGAUACUUCGAAUUAUGUGCGUUUUUUUUUGGCUCGCUUUUGUUCACAACCCUUCGUUUUACGUUUGCCAGCCGAUGAACAGCCCGCUGUUGUGUUGUCCGCCGUGAAAGAUAAUUCCAUCCCUCAUUGCAAUUAGAAUAAUCAAUUGUCUACGUUUUUUCUAUUUAGUCAUUUCAACUAAUGUAGUAGCUCUUAAAUAGGAUGUUGGCUGGAACAAACAGCUGUGCUGGACGAGGAGAAUAAGGAAUUAGGAUUUUCAAUUUAGACUGUUGUACACCACGCUAGAAAAACAAAACUAGGGCGAAAAAGGAGCACACGACAAAGGCCAAACUUAUAAAAAAUAGAAACCAUACCGUUGCAAAACCACAAAGUAUGAUUUUAGCGAUCGAAAAGUGUACCCAAGUUGUGGUCGUUGAAGGCAAGCUACACACACUACUGGUAGGUUGGAUAGUGUUUCUGAGAAUGUGUAAAUAGGUGAUAAAAACGUUUGAAUUAAAGUUUCGGCGCCGAAGAACAGAA